GAGGAAGCGAUUGUCUCACACCAUCACCACCUAAUCCCAAUUCCGUAUUUAAUCCCUCCUCCCCCAAAUCACCCCCACCAUCCCACCACCGCCCGCCAUGAACUCGCUCCAAUCCUUCCUCGCCGUCAAGCCGGCCUGCGGCCUCGGCGGCGGCGCGCGCCUCCGUCCUUCGCGCGUGUCCGCGUGCCUCGCCACGCCCACGCCCACGCCCACGCCGCCGACCUCCGCGCCGGCCGCGCGGCCCCGGGAGCUGUCCGCCGCGAGCCGGGCGGUGGUGGAGGACGAGGCGAGGUACAUCGUCGGCACUUACAACCGCUCCCGCGUCGUCCUCGUUGCCGGCCGCGGCUGCAAGCUGUACGACGCGGACGGCCGCGAGUACCUCGACAUGGCCGCCGGCAUCGCCGUCAACGCGCUCGGCCACGCCGAUCCCGACUGGGUCGCCACCGUCGCCGCCCAGGCCGGCACCCUCGUCCACGCCAGCAACGUCCAGUACACCGUCCCCCAGGUGGCGCUCGCCAAGCGCCUCGUGGAGGCCUCCUUUGCGGACCGCGCCUUCUUCGCCAACACCGGCACGGAGGCCAACGAGGCGGCCAUCAAGUUCGCCAGGAAGUACCAGAGGGUCGCGCGCCCCGACGGGGACGCGCCCACCGAGUUCAUGUCGUUCACCAACUGCUUCCACGGCAGGACCAUGGGGUCGCUCGCGCUCACCAGCAAGGUGCAGUACAGGGAGCCGUUUGCGCCGGUGAUGCCCGGCGCGACCUUUGCUGAGUAUGGGAACCUAGAGGAGGCCAAGAAGGUCAUUCAGUCUGGAAAAAUUGCUGCCGUGUUCGUCGAGCCCGUGCAGGGUGAGGGUGGAAUCCAUAGUGCCACCAAAGAGUUCUUGCAGGGGCUGCGGGAUGCUUGCGAUGAGGCUGGAGCUCUCCUAGUCUUUGAUGAGGUGCAAUGUGGUCUGGGACGUACAGGUUACCUCUGGGCACAUGAAGCCUACGGAGUGGUACCUGAUAUGAUGACCUUGGCAAAGCCAUUGGCUGGUGGUCUACCCAUUGGCGUAGUCUUGGUCACUGAGAAGGUUGCUUCAGCCAUAAAAUACGGCGACCAUGGUACCACAUUCGGGGGAGGCCCUCUUGUGUGCCAGGCUGCAUUGACCACAUUGGACAAGAUCCAGAAACCUGGCUUCCUAGAAGGGGUGGCCAAGAAAGGAGAGAACUUCAAGCAGCUGCUCAGCACCAAGCUGAGUGGAAACUCCCAUGUGAAAGAGAUCCGCGGGUUCGGUCUAAUCGUCGGCAUUGAGCUCGAUGUUCUCGCGGGUCCUUUGGUUGAUGCAUGCCUGGAUGCAGGUGUCAUUGUGUUGACAGCCGGGAAAGGCAAUGUUGUCAGGCUUGUGCCGCCACUUAUCAUCUCAGAAAAGGAGCUUGAGCAGGCUGCAGAGGUGAUAAGGGACUGUCUACCUGCACUCGAUGCCUCUACCUCUUAAUGUAUGAAAGCAAUGGGGGCUAGUAUGAACAACUCCCUCUUUGGGGAACACCCUUACCAAUGGAUGCUAGUUAGAAUGAAACCUCCUCUUUGGAAGGAGAUUCAGAUAUAAUCUGUGCCAUAGGUGUACUUGUCGAAGCUUCUUCCAAAUUUUGGAGACAAAUAAAGCUAUAUUGCAAAUGUUGUA